AUGACGCCAGACUCCCCAGAUGAGGCUUUUCACUUCCGUGGCAAGACCUUGACUCCCGAGAGCCCCCGCCCAGUACACGUCGCGGAGCCUGCCAAUAUCCCAGUGCUGCAGAAUCAGAUGGACCCUGUGUUCAACGAUACCUCGACUUACCAGAAAGCCGAGUCUGUUUACGAAAAUGCCUACCAUGUACCCCAGAAUGGGCAUUACACAACGGGGGGUGAAGUGAGGGGAAAUCCAGGUCCUGUACAGGAUGGUCAGGAACAACGGCCACUCCAUCUACAUCAACAAGAUCCUAGCUUCCUCCCAGCCCAUCCUCUCCCCGGUGCCCCUCCAUCUUCUUCCCAUGCUCCUCGCGACGCUUCCUUCGCGAACGAGGUAGAUCACCCGAUCACAAACUUGCAAACCCAAGCAGCGCUACAUGGUCGACUAGACGCAGAACACAAACAUGAAGACAGCAGUGCCGGGAAUGGCGUUGACUUUCAGAAUCUCCUUGAUAAUCUCCCGUCUUCUACAGCUGCGUCUGCCCUUCCGGUGCCUGGAAACACCAUAUCCGCUGGCGACCCUCCUACCUCCCCUCAAGCUGCCGCUGGUGAAGCGUCUCAGUUUUCCCUUGGUCUACCUCCGCGCCCUCCCCCGCAGGCGAAGCCCUCCAUCCACCCCAACUACAAUCCCAGUGAUGAUAUUCGCUCCUAUCAUCAACUUCCUACCCAGACCUCCCCUAGCUCCUCCAACCCCUACGCGUCUCAGCAGAGUAAUUACCAGUCUACCCUUGGGCCCACUGCGUUAUCACCAGCUGUCGCGCCUGGGACAUCUUUAGUUGCCGUGGAGACUCAAGAUGCGUCGCCGGCAACCCAAAAGAAUGGCCCUGUUGACAGGCAACCAGCUCGCUCCGAUGAAGACACGCCUUGGGGUCCAGAUGUUCAGAAGAAAUACGACGAAUUUCUGCGUGAUGAGAGGGUAUAUGUCACCGAAGGUCUAUGGGACCGCUUCCCCUAUGGGUCGAGAUUGUUUGUCGGCAAUCUACCCACGGAAAGAGUAACCAAACGAGAUCUAUUUCAUAUCUUUCACAGCUACGGGAAGCUGGCACAGAUAUCAAUCAAGCAAGCCUACGGUUUUAUCCAGUUUUUGGAGGCGUCGUCCUGUAAACGAGCCCUCGAAGGCGAACAAGGAGCCGUCGUGAGGGGACGCAAAGUCCAUCUUGAGAUCUCCAAACCGCAGCGAAAUACCAGACCAGCACCGCCACCAUCGGAAGCACCACGCGCCCCGCCCCCUCGUCGCUCGAGAUCACCAGAUUAUAGUCGAGGCGGAGCCCCAAACAAUCGUUCCGCAAGAGCUUCUGGGGAACGGUUUGACAGAUCGCACGAACCAGGAAGGCUGCCUUUCAGCGACUUUCGGGAUGAACCUACCCACCGUAGGCGAGAUGAUUAUCGCCCCUCUCCACGGUCACCGUCUCCCCGCAGCUAUCGCCCACGGGAAGGGUAUCGGUCACGAGAUCGGACUCCAGAGCGGUUUGACCGGCGAGGGGUGCGACGCUCACGUUCGCCAUAUGGACGAGAGAGAAGGUACCGAAGUCCAAGUCCUCGUGGCCGCUCGUCAUAUGAUGAUGAUGCGGACCUACCUGUUCCCAGGAGGGUCGGGAGAGAUGUGCCAGACGUUCAGAUACUUGUCUUGGAGGAGCUGGAUCGCAACUUUGUGUAUCACGUAGAGAGCAGCUUCCGAAAUCGAGGUCUGCGGGUUGAUGUACUCGCGCUAGGACCACGGAUUCCUCUCGAUGCUGCAGUCAAACGCCAGGUAUCUGAAGGAGUGCUUGCCGUUGUGAGACUUUCGCGGCCUAGUCAAUUCUCUAGGAAGCUUCCACUACAGGUAUUCGACCGAAGUGCUGGCAAGGACAAUGUUCGCUCAAGCGAGUACCCAGAUCUUGAGCCUAGCAUUGCCGCGGAGAUUGUCUUCCAGGCGCAAGCGCUGCAGCGGAACGCCCCCGGCGUUCCUUUCGCCCCCUCUACUUAUGGAGUUCCUCCGAUACCCUCUGUGCAAAUGCCCCCUGCUGUACAACCUCCACUAGCAGCUCAACCCAAUCUCGCAAAUGCUAUCUCGACUCUCGACGGGCCCGCUUUGCAGUCACUCAUAGCUGCACUUCAGCAACCGCGACAACCUGCAAUCCCGACCGCACAGCCAUCUUUUCCUGCACCCGCAAAUCCUCUACCGACUCCGGAUCUUGCGAGUCUUUUGAGUGCUGCUACUCGACAACCUAUUCCACCUAAUGCAGCGCAGCAAUCACUUCACCAGCAAUCCCAACCUUUUCCGCAACAAGGACCAACUGGCGCAGCCAUAUCUGACCCCAAUCUACUUUCACUCUUGGCGAAAGGCCUCGGGGGCCUUCAGCCGCAGAGCCAUGCUGCACUCCCCCCACAUGUGCAGAACAUCAUGAGCCAACUAGGGAAAUGGAAGCCCUGA